CUUCCCGGACCCGAACCCGCCCGGGGCGGAGCUGCACCUGGUGCGGGCCUGGGGCGUGGCGGGCGCCACGGAGCGCCAGGUGCGGCUUCCGCGUAAAGAUGGCCGCCACCAGCUGGGCCGGGGUCUGGUUCUCAUCCCGCGGCCGCCUUCCCGCCAGGCGCCCGCUGCUGCGAGUUGCCCUCUGCCUCCUGUGCUGGGGCCCGGCGGCUGUGGGCGCCGUCCCCGAGCUCGGGCUCUGGGCAGCGACGAUCAAUGACAAAUCAGGACCUUUGAUAUUUAGGAAAACUAUGUUUAACUCUACUGAGAUCAAGUUUUCUGUUAAGUCAUUCAGCUGCCCUGGGCCUGUGAAGUUUACCAUAGUGUGGCUUUUGGAACAUCAUCCCUGUCACAAUCAAUAUUCUGAGCUGGAAGAGCUGUCACAAAAACAUGAACUUAGUGUCAGUGAAGACUUUUGUGGUCAUUAUUUCAACAGCAGCGAAUGUUGGACAACAAAAAAUGAAAACUUAGAUUGCAACAGUGAUUCACAGACGUUUCCCUCAUUGAAUAAUAAAGAACUAAGAACAAAUACCGGAAGUGUUACAAACCAGGAAGGGUCAGCGGAUGUUGUAGCCAAAACACAGAGAGAUGGGUUUCAUAUCUUUAUUGUUUCUAUUAAAACAGAAAAAACAGAUGCAAGCUGGAAUUUGAAUGUUUCUCUUUCUAUGAUGGGGCCUCAUGGAUAUAUCUCUGCAUCAGAUUGGCCUCUGAUGAUUUUCUACAUGGUGAUGUGUAUCGUUUAUAUCUUGUAUGGCAUACUCUGGCUGAUGUGGUCUGCCUGCUAUUGGAAAGAUAUACUAAGAAUCCAGUUCUGGAUUGCAGCUGUUAUUUUCCUGGGAAUGCUUGAAAAAGCAGUUUUUUAUGCUGAAUACCAAAACAUCAACAGCACUGGGUUAUCAACCCAGAGUUUACUGAUCUUUGCGGAGUUGAUAUCUGCAAUUAAGAGGACGCUGGCUCGCCUCCUGGUGAUCAUUGUGAGCUUGGGAUACGGCAUUGUGAAGCCUCGUCUAGGAACAGUCAUGCACCGGGUCAUCGGACUGGGGAUCCUUUACUUUAUCUUUGCAGCUACUGAAGGCGUGAUAAGAGUCAUUGGGGGUUCUAACCAUUUAGCUGUUGUAUUUGGUGACAUUAUUUUAGCCGUUAUUGACUCCAUUUUUGUAUGGUUCAUUUUUAUAAGUUUGGCACAAACUAUGAAGACUCUAAGGCUGAGAAAGAACACAGUGAAAUUUUCUUUGUACAGGCACUUCACAAAUACCCUGAUCUUUGCCAUAAUGGCAUCUGUAGUGUUUAUGGUGUGGACAACUAAGACAUUUAGAAUUGCAAAAUGUCAAUCAGAUUGGAUGGAACGCUGGAUUGAUGAUGCGUUUUGGAGCUUCCUUUUUUCCCUUAUCCUUAUUGUAAUAAUGUUUUUGUGGAGACCAUCAGCAAACAAUCAGAGAUAUGCCUUCAUGCCCUUAAUAGAUGAUUCUGAUGAUGAAAUUGAAGAAUUCAUGGUAACAUCUGAAAAUUUAACUGAAGGAAUAAAAUUAAGAGUCUCAAAAAUGGUUUCCAAUGGAACAGCUAAACCUGCUACUUCUGAUAAUUUUGAUGAAGAUUUGAAGUGGGUGGAGGAAAACAUUCCCUCUUCAUUCACAGAUGUAGUUCUUCCAGUAUUAGUGGAUUCAGAUGAGGAAAUUAUGACCAGAUCUGAAAUGGCAGAAAAAAUGUUCUCUUCAGAAAAAAUAAUGUGAUUGGAACCCACAUAAAUGAAGCUUACAUAACAGUGAAGGACUUCCUCAAGACUAAAAGAGAACUCUGUUUUGAUACAGUACAAUAAGUUUUUAUUGCAUGAUCUUGGAAAUCUAUGUACUAAAACUAAGAAUUCAGAUGGUGGGAGGGUUCUGCAACCCUUAUUAAGCUGACUCUUGAAUGCCAGUUUAAUGUCCAUUAAAUUGCCUAGACUUGGCAAUGACCUGAGAGAAGUAUUAUAAUAAAGAUAGGUGCCCAAAUGCCCUUAGCUGAUGGGUGGCAGGCGUGUGGGUUUGGGUUCUCUUUUUUUUUUCCUGGGAAAUAUGACAAUUUAAAACACCUUUUUUUUUUUUUCUUUUUUUUUUGGGUACGCGGGCCUCUCACCGCUGUGGCCUCUCCCGUUGCGGAGUACAGGCUCCGGACACGCAGGCUCAGCGGCCAUGGCUCACGGGCCUAGCUGCUCCGUGGCAUGUGGGAUCUUCCCGGACCGGGGCACGAACCCGUGUCCCCUGCAUCGGCAAGCGGACUCUCAACCGCUGUGCCACCAGGGAAGCCCUAAGACAACUUUUUUACAUCAACACUCCUACUGUUCUUCCACUGAUUCAGGUGAUGUGAUUCUUCUGAGGUGUGGUGAAGCAGUGUCUCCACCUCUUGGGUUUAUAGUUACUAGAUGCAAUAAUAAUUCUCUUUGAUUUUCAUGCUGAAGCAAUUUGAUAAGAAGUAGAACUUGGUUAAUGUUGGAACAUAAGGAUGUUUAUAUGGUUAGGUUUGCUGUGUGUGUGUGUGUGUGUGUGUGUGUGUGUGUGUGUGUGUGUGUGUGUAUGCACAUCUGCACAAAGCCCUUGUGUGUAAUUAUCACCACACACAUCAAAUCAUAGCAUUGGUCUUUUCUGUCUGAGCUCAGGGGAGCACAGUACAUGGAGAGAGGUUACUUCCAAAGAUCUGCUCUGCCGCUGUCCCCUCCCUCAGGCCAGAUAUCUGUGUGCUGCUGCUGAAUGCCUGGGGCAGGUGGGGUCCCCUGGCCACAUGGCUCCACCAGAGCACUUCCUCCCUGGCGAGCUGGGAGGCUCAUACCAGUGAACCUUGAGGAAACUAGAACCUUCUAUGUAAUCCUAGCAUAUUUGGUUUCAUAAAAAACUAUAUAUUUAACUGCAUAGUACAUCACUAUUAAUCUUGUAACUAAUUUUUUAACCUUAAACCAUGUUUUAUACAUUAUUUUGUUAACAUUAUAUAUGUAAUGUGUAAUUUGAAAUUUAAAAAAAAAAUUUUUUUAAUGCAGAACGUUCUAAACUUGAAAAGCAGUUGAAUAUAGUAUGAUGAAAAUGGUGAAUGUUUUGCUGCUCUCCUGACCAAAGAUACAGCCUAGUGAACAUUUAGAAUAGGAAUUAAAGUUAGAAUCCUAUAUGUCUUUCUUUGAAGGAGUUCUAACCUUGUGAGUUGAGGAUGACUUCAGAGGUUUUUUUUGCGGUACACGGCCCCUCCCACCGCGGAGCACAGGCUCCGGAUGCGCAGGCCCAAUGGCCAUGGCUCACGGCCCAGCCGCUCCGUGGCAUGUGCGAUCCUCCCGGACCGGGGCGCGAACCCGCAUCCCCUGCAUGAGCAGGCGGACUCCCAACCACUGCGCCACCAGGGAAGCCACCAGAGUUUUUGAUUAAGCAUUAAAUUCUUAACCAGUACAAGCACUUAAAUCAUAACCUUUCAUUGAUUUUUUUCAUUGUGAAGCCACAAAACAAAAUGAUUUCUUUCAAAAGCCUGCGUUAUGAAUUGGCUUCUCAUUUGCUCAUUUCAUAGGAGUUAGUAAAAAAGCUUUCUAGGGCUUCCCUGGUGACGCAGUGGUUGAGAGUCUGCCUGCUAAUGCAGGUGACAUGGGUUCGAGCCCUGGUCCAGGAGGAUCCCACGUGCCGCGGAGCAACUAGGCCCGUGAGCCACAACUACUGAGCCUGCGCGUUUGGAGCCUGUGCUCCGCAAUAAGAGAGGCUGCGAUAGUGAGAGGCCUGCGCACCGCGAUGAAGAGUGGCCCCCGCUUGCCACAACUAGAGAAAGCCCUUGCACAGAAACAAAGACGCAACACAGCAAAA